GCACAACAGCCACGUGAUCUGCGGGAUGCUGGGCUUCCCGAGCGAAAAGCGGGUCAACGUGGCCUUCUACAGGGGAUCUUCCCAACCCAGAGGCUGAACCCAUGUCUUCUGCGCUGUAGACAGAUUCUUUCCUGCUGAGCCACCAGGGAAGCAAGAGAGAAGAUGUAUACUGAGAAACAGUGGAAGAAAAAUGGAUAAAGUAAGGCUAGGAAAUGGAACACUUUUAAUGCCAGAUUGGAGAGUUUUAUCUUUAUCCUAUGAAAAAUUAAAAAAUAAAAGUACUUGUAUGAGACAGCAAUAAAAAUAAGGCCAGUUUUUUUUAAAGUUUGUCUGAUAGUAGUGAAUUGGAAGAGGAGGUUCUAGAUGCAGUAAGAUUAAUUAGGAAUUAUAAAAUUAAGCUGAUUAGGAGGAUGACAACAAAGAGAAAGGAAUAAAUAGAUGUAGGAUGACUGAUAGAAUACAGAAAAUAAAAGAAGAGAUAAUUAAAAUGAUUCUGAAACUGCUUAAGAGAAGGAUGGUGCCCGGCAUCUCUGGGCUUCAAGUUAAUAUGAACUAGCUUUAGAUAUGGGCCAUCCCUGGGAAUUUUGAGGCCCAGGAAUUGUCCCCAAGUAUGCACAGACUCAAGAAAGUUUCAGAAAUCAGGAAUAUAUUUGUACAUAUUGGAAUCUCUUACUGAGUCUGGAAUAUGAAGGCUGGAAAAGGAGAUAUAUAUUAAGUACAGAGUUCAUUCUUAGUAGGGAAAGAGAUUACAGUGGUCCUGGGAGAUUCUGUGAUGAGAAUUUGAUGUAGAUAUUCCUUCACAGGCCAAGUCAGACAGAGGGAGACUCCUCAUAGGUAAUGCAAUUAUAAAGGCUAGGCAGGAUAGUUAUAAAUAACUCUGCCUUCCUUGGAGAAGGAAGAUGCAUCUGCUAGCUUUUAGAGGAAGUUAGUAAGAUUUAGAGAAUAAGAAAAUCAGAAUGUGAUGUGUUUAUCAUUUUUCAGCUCGAUUUGGUACUUCUACCCUAGGACAUGUGAAAGUCGUAGAAUUUUAGAAGAGGAAAAGGAUGUGCAGAUAACUGAGCCAUUUAAUGCCUUUUUGCAGGCAAAGAAAUUGAGGUUCCAAGAGCUUAAGUGCUAUUUAAGAAGGCACUCUUCUAGUUCAUUUCAGAUAUUCUUGUUCAUAUUCAGAUAUAUUCAUUGACAGAUAUUUAUUGAACUCCCACUAUUUGCCAAGCACUGUGCAAGGUGCUGAGACUCCAGAGGUGAUAAGAGAGUUGAUUUGGCACCAGAUCAUAGAAGACCUUGUAGGCUAUGGUAAUGAUUUGAAUCUUUAUGAUAAAAGUAAUGGAAAGUGAUUGAAGUUUUUUAAUGAGGGGGGCUGUGAGAGGACGUGAUCAGGUUUGUGGCUCCCAGACACCACUUUGACUGCAUUUUGAGAAUAGUUUAGAGAAGAGCAAGAGCAAAUGCAUUAGAAAGUCACUCAGGAAGGAACACUGACAGGACUUGGUUAUGGAUUGACUUUGGGAGCCGAAGAAGAGAGAGAUGUCAAGGUUGAUUCCUAAGUUUCUGGCAUAGAUUUUGCUAAAAGAAUUGGACCCACAUUAAGUUUUAGAUAAUUUUGAGAUCUCUAAGUAGGAACAUCAAGAAGGCAAUGGGAUAUACAAGGUUAGAUGUAAAUGAGAACAUAUAAAGAGAGGAUGUGAAGUGAGAAGAAGGCCUUAAAGCUCCAAAAAAGUAAAUGACUGUAUAGAGGAGGAGCCUGCAAAGAAGACCAAGAAAGAGCAUCCAGAAUCAGGACUCAAAUAAAGCUAAUAGUGUUGUGACAGCUAAGGAGGGAGAGAGAACAGCAGUGUCAGAUGCUACCAAGAGUCAGUGGUAUGUGAGACAAAAAAUUCUAGAUUUAUUAUCACAGAGUGAUGGGUAGGGCAAGACAGAAAGGAGUGGAUUAAGGAGUGAGUGGGAAAGAUGAUGAGUGUUGACACUACUGAAAAGUUUUUCUACUAAGAAGAAAUGUGGGGUGGAGUGUGUGUGUGUGAGAGAGAGAGAGAGAUUUGAAUAUGUUUAAAAGGAUUCAGUUGAGGAAAGGUUAUUUGCAACUUCUCAAUUGAGAGAGAAAGGAUCCUAGAGAAAGAAAUUCAGAAACAUUUAGGGGUGGUGGCUUUAGAAAAGAGAGACAGAUUCAGCACUGGUCCUAAAUAAGUGCCAGGGCCUCAAUGUAACCUAUGUUUGCCUGAUAUAUAUUAAUAAUUAUAUAUACCAUACAAUUAUAAAGACCUUAUAAAGUCCUUAAAUAACUAGAGAAGAAGUACUUCUAAAUUUCUAGAUAAUACUACAUUUUUCUGAGUACUGUUACAUGGUUUCUCUUGGUUACUGAUGAAAGAAAGUGCCAGAUAUAUUUCAUUUCAGACAUGUUUGAAAAAAAGACAUUUGGAGAGGACAUUUUACACUAUACUUAUCUGAUGAAAGGUUCUAAACUCUUAGUAGUGUCUCAGGAAAGGGACCCAAGCGUUAUUGUAGACUCUUUGUUAGGAAUGUUGGAUGUAUUGGAUGUUUUGGCAAAGAUCAUCCUCAGGAAGAAGCCAAGGUAGGAAAUACCAAGCAGAUUCAGCCUUGUUUAAAUCCAUAUAUUAAAAUCCUAGCACAUCUUCAUGUAAUAUACCACAUCCAAGUAUGACUCGAGAGAAACAGCAGAACAGGAACAUGUUCAAGGACAGGAUAACUAAGAGGAUAAUGGGGAAGUCCAUAAAUUCUGUAAGGACAGACGGACAAGACCUGCGUUCAUCUGUAUACAGUUGGACAGGACAAAGAGUGGGCAAAAUGAAAGUCUUUGAAAUCAAAGGGGGAAUGAGAGGAGAAACAGACCUAGUUUCCAUUCAUCAAACUUAAGAUAACCUCUUGAAGAGUAAAAUAGGUCAAAUAUUUAGGUCAAUUAAGAAGAAAUAAGGUUUUAGACCUUAAUUCCCUAGAAGUAAGUUUGGGAGAUGAGCUGUUUGUGAAUGACUAAAGCAUAUGGGAUUUAAUUUAGACAGGAAGGAUGCUGUCAUCCUAAGCGUCCUGGCCUCAUGCUCCCCAGUCAGACCCAGUUAAUGUCCCUUGCUGUCCAGCCUUGUUCCUUGGUCCUCGUUCACUGGCCUCAGGCCUGGAUAUGCCAGAAGCCGGAGCGCAUCCAGGGAAAAAAUACACAGCCUCCCUAGGUGUGACCAGGCUAGUUCUCUCUCCUUGUCUAGUCAGUCUGGCAAUCUUAACACCCUUCCACUUUAACCUGUUCCCCCAACCCUCCCCCCUAGGUUUAGAGCAGCCCUAAUAUCAAUCCAAGAAUCCUGUUCCCCAUCUGCCUUAGCCUACUUUCUGUGGGUCCUAGUACAGGGUCUUUAUCAGCCCUGGGUCCACGUUCUUCAUUGCAACUCACCUGUCUCAUUCAUGUGCUUCUGAGGCCAAACAGCUGUGAAGGGUAGAGCCUUGGGGGCAUCUAAUGUUAUAAGAUCCUGCCACCAGGAGACCUCUAACUGCUAAAACAGAAAUCUUGCCCCUCGUCCCUGUUCCACCAACUUUUCCCACUUGGUUCUAGACUGUUCCUGACUCUGCUGUUGUCUUAUCCUCACAGAAAGUUGAGGAAGCGAGCGGCCAAAGCCUCGGCCCGACGCUCCAAACCCCUUGGAAGGUAAUGGGGCAAGAGCCCCGGGACCUCCUGCUCAUCCCUGUGGCCCCAGGAGGUGGAUGGAUGGAAGGCAGCCUAUCCAUGUCCAUCCCAGAACCCAAGCUGAUGAAUUAGGGAUAUGGCUGGAAAGUGGCCAUUCCAGGAGGGAGGGGAGGGAGGCAGGCAUGGGGAUGGGUAAGUUUUGAUUUAGGAAACACAAGGAGGAAAUAAUGUAGAGACCUCCGCAUCUUUAUACUGCCCCCAGAUAGCCUGGACUCCAGCCUCAGCCGCCUGCAUGCUUCCUCCCCCACUAACUCCUAACCUCCCUUCGUUCACCUACAUUCCCACACUCUCCCCUCCCUCCACCAUUCCUCCUAUCUCCUCUCCCCUCACCACCUGGCCUGACAUCACCAGAUUUCUCAUCAGUGUUGCUGAAUCCAGAGAGCAGCAUGUAUUCCAAACAUAUAGCUAAGUGGUAUUCAGCAGUGUAUGUGGAAAAUCUGACUGCCUUUGCUUUGCCCCUUCCCAUGCUCUGCAUGAAGGGUCCUUCCUAGAGACAGAAAGAAGAAAGAAUCCUUUUCCUUUCCUGGAUAAUGCACCUGACCACUACUGCCAUUAACUUCUUUCUCCUUUUUUCAGACCAGUCACCAAGCUUAAAGCCAAACCCAAAACCCGAAUGGGCAGGGGGCCAAUUAAGAGGUAAAUAAAGUUUAGGCUGGGUGGAGAGGAGAGGGAGUGCCAAGUGAUGAGUCGGGGGCAUCGGGCUGUGGUUAGGAAGGGGUCCAAGAGACGCCUCCACCAGGAGGUCGAGGAGCAGCAGCAACUGUUAUAAGCCACCUUCCAGAUGAUUCACCAAAAUGUAAAGUAAGAUUGUCCCUUUUGUUUGGGGUUGUUUUGUUGUUGUUGGGUUGGUUUUUUUUUUUUUUUUUCCCUUAUGCUUUUUGUCUGAGGAAUUAUGCCCAUCACAGGAUUUUUGAAAAAUCUCCAUAGAAGUUUACCCAUUGACUCCUCUUGUUCCACAUGCUUACUUAUCUUCCCCCAGCAGAUUUUAGUAGAUACUCUGGCACUCUUGUCCUUCAGAUGCCAUGCUUGCCUCUCGCCCAAGAAGUUAAGUUUCCCUGAGGGAUCAGUGUUCCCACCCUACCUUUAUUUGAUUAAUUGUUAAAUGGAAUAAGUGCUACUGGGUUGGAAGUGAGACUCAGGAUCCCUGUGGAACCUUUCCCAGGGCAGGAGUCAGAUGGCAGUCCUGGCCCUCUGGCCCAGUUAACACAGUUAGGCUCCCAGUUCCAUCAUUUUCCUCCUGGGCUCCUUCAGAACCCCAGGGAACAAAAAGGUGCCAGUCCCAAUGACUGCGUCUCACUUGGCUUCUGAAGGCAGUUCGCGCAUGAAAAGUCCCCUGGAGAGCUCCUUCGGCAGUGGGUGAGCUGUGGAGAAGUCAGCCCUUUCUACUGUCUCCUCCUCUCUUCACAGCCUUCCAGGGUCUCUCAGGGGCCCCAGGCACCCCUCACUCCCCAGCUCCUCCCUCUGGUGCCUUCAGCAUGCCUUGGAAUUUGGGGUGUUCCCAUAGUGCCCUUCUAGCUUAGGGUUGUCUUGCACAACAUGGCCAUACUCUGGCCUUCCCUGACCCCCACAUUAAAGUGAUGACCUCUUUCACUUUUAUUUUCAGCCAGAAAGGACUUUGAAAGAAUACUGAGUCUCUUUGAGCUUCAGAGUCUGCUUAUCUUGAGCUUCCAAAGGUAUUCUGCAAAGUCUCCAGGCUUCCUUUGUCUGAUUUGUCUAUAACUUAUCCCUCUCUCUGUGUCUUCCUAGCCGGUGGCUUCAAAUCAUCAUAUUCCUCCUCUGACAUCAAGUCAUAGAGCACAUCCCUGCAGUAAUUUGCCUCCAGACCACCCUCACAGGCCCACCCCACCAACACAAGACCUCAUGGGCUCCUCCCCUCUCUGGGCUCAAACCGGCUGUUCUGGGAAGAAAGCACUUCUCUUAUCACACGGCUCACUGCAACAUUCCAUUCCGUGGGUGUUGAUAAGCAAGUCCCCUCACUCUCUCCAGCAUCUCUCUGCUGUGUUUCAAAGUUUUAACGUCUCUAAUUUAGUCCCAUUUUCCUGCUCAGGUGGCUGUGGAACAUUCUUUCUGUUACAUUUAAACUACGGAAGCAUGGACUACCUCUUUAAAGACUCAUGCAGUUCAGCUUUAGGUCUGGGGUCACGCGUACCCUUCUGGUGUUCAUAUUCACUCUCCUUCUCUGGUCCUGCGGUCCCUCUCUGUCUUGUAUUUGUACAUCCUCAUUCCCAUAUAUACCAGCUCGCGUCUUUCCUGUGUUCACCUCUGGUCUGUUCUCGCUGUAACUGCCCAUCAUCCUCUGGCCUGGAAGCCCCUCUGGCCUCUAAGAAGCCAUGUAGACCCAAGACUUACUCACUUCUUUGCAUCCUGACUCAUUUAGUUCUUUCAGUCGUAACAGAAAGACCCGCUUACUCUGGCCAUUCAGGCUUCCUGUUAGCUACUCCCUCCUGCCUAUCUCUUCCAGAUGGUCAGUCCUGGCUUCCUAAUCUCUUUGCACAGCAGCUUCAGCCUCCAUUAGGGCCAGCACCCUGAAAGCACACAGAACAGGCUUCCUGUCAGGCAAGUCAAAACUAGCCUUCCUUCCCACAGGGUUCUUCUGUUGCAGAACAUACCCAAGGACCCCCCUGUUUGGGCUCUUUCAGCCUGGAAACGCCCCAUUACCGUUGUCUCUUUGUCUCUGUGUUUUUGCAGAGAAGAGAAGAAGAACUAAAGCGGUCAUGGAAGGUUGGGGGAUGGUGGAGGCAUGGCGUGGGGGGAGGGCUGCGGGCAAAGAGGCAGGAGCGCCGUUUCACCCUACUGCUCCUGCUCCUGUCCCCCCAGGCUGCUGGCCCAGCGGCAGCAACACUCCUUUGGUCUGCAUGGGGUGGCGUGCGUGGGCACGGAGGCCCACCUCUCCCUCUGCUCUUUGGAGUUCUAUCGAGCCAAUGACACCGCCAGGUGCCUGGGGGGGGCACCUGCGGUGGUGAGCUGUGUGCCAAGCCCUCUCUACGCAGCGUCCAGUGGCCAGAAGAAGCAACAGUCGAAGCCUCAGGGGGAGGUCCGAGUGCGUCUAAAGGGCGGAGCCCACCCAGGAGAGGGCCGGGUAGAAGUCCUGAAGGCUGGCACGUGGGGCACGGUCUGUGAUCGCAAGUGGGACCUGCAAGCAGCCAGCGUGGUGUGUCGGGAGCUAGGCUUCGGAAGUGCUCGAGAGGCUCUGAGCGGUGCCCGCAUGGGGCAGGGCAUGGGUGCCAUCCACUUAAGUGAAGUUAGAUGCUCUGGACAGGAGCUCUCUCUCUGGAAGUGCCCCCACAAGAACAUCACAGCUGAAGACUGCUCCCAUAGCCAAGAUGCUGGUGUCCGAUGCAACCUGCCCUACACUGGGGUAGAGACCAAGAUCCGACUCAGUGGGGGCCGCAGCCGACAUGAAGGGCGAGUCGAGGUGCAAAUAGGGGGACCUGGGUCCUUCCGCUGGGGCCUCAUCUGUGGAGAUGACUGGGGAACCCUGGAGGCCAUGGUUGCCUGCAGGCAGCUUGGACUGGGAUAUGCCAACCACGGCCUGCAGGAGACCUGGUACUGGGAUUCAGGGAAUGUAACAGAGGUGGUGAUGAGUGGAGUGCGCUGCACAGGCACUGAGCUGUCCCUGGACCAAUGUGCUCACCAUGGCACCCAUGUCACCUGCAGGAGGACAGGAAGCCGUUUUACUGCUGGAGUCAUUUGUUCUGAAACCGCCUCCGAUCUGCUGUUGCACUCAGCACUGGUGCAGGAGACGGCUUACAUCGAGGACCGGCCUCUGCACAUGUUGUACUGUGCCGCUGAGGAGAACUGCCUGGCCAGCUCGGCCCGCUCAGCCAACUGGCCUUAUGGCCACCGGCGUCUGCUCAGAUUCUCCUCUCAGAUCCACAACCUGGGACGUGCUGACUUCAGGCCCAAGGCUGGGCGCCACUCCUGGGUGUGGCAUGAGUGUCAUGGGCAUUAUCACAGUAUGGACAUCUUCACUCACUACGAUAUCCUGACCCCCAACGGCACCAAGGUGGCUGAGGGCCACAAAGCUAGUUUCUGUCUAGAAGACACCGAAUGUCAGGAGGAUGUCUCCAAGAGGUAUGAGUGUGCCAACUUUGGAGAGCAGGGCAUCACUGUGGGUUGCUGGGAUCUCUACCGGCAUGACAUCGACUGUCAAUGGAUUGACAUCACAGAUGUAAAACCAGGAAACUACAUUCUGCAGGUGGUCAUCAACCCCAAUUUUGAAGUAGCAGAGAGCGACUUCACCAACAACGCCAUGAAAUGUAACUGCAAAUAUGACGGGCACCGCAUCUGGGUGCACAACUGUCACAUCGGGGAUGCCUUCAGUGAAGAGGCCAACAGGAGGUUUGAACGCUACCCUGGCCAGACCAGCAACCAGAUCAUCUAAGGUGCCACUACCUUCCUCUGCAGACCACCACUGGCCCCUAACGGCAGGGGUCUGAGGCUGCCAUUACCUCAGGAGCUCAAAAAGGAAUCUUUGAUGUCAGCAGGCCCACAGCACUCUUCCGUUGUGCACUGAGAUGUGGAACCAUCAAGCAGAAAUCACUGCCCUCUUUCUUAGGCCAGCUGUCCUUAUCUGCAGCCAGGCACGGGGCAUUCUGCUCCCAGGCCCAGCACCAAGCCAAGCACAACACAGAGAGGUGCACCUGACUGACUGCCCAGGACAACCGACAACAGCAGCUCGUUUUCUUGAAUAGGGAGGUCAGAAUGGUUUAACUCCAGCAUCUCCCCUCAGUUCUGGAAGAUAAAGCUUUACCUCUAGCCUUUUUGUGGGGGGAAAGAGCAGUGUUCCACCCUUCCCCUCAUUUUUCAGUAUGACAUGUUGUUAGGUAUAAUUUUAUUUUAUAUAAAAAGUGUUUUUGUGAUU